AUGGAGGCUUUGUACGACGAUUUAAGCAACUACGAAGACGUAAACUCCGUAGUGGAGCUACGAGAGGAGAACAAGGAACUGAAAGUUAAGUUACAAGAACAUGCUGCUGCUAUGGAAAAGCUUCAAAAAGAUAUUUUGCAGGAUUAUGACAAGCUUGAGUUGGAGUUCAAGAUGUUGGAACAUAACUACUCAUCCUUGUUGAAGACUGCUCGCUCGGAAAUAGAGAGGAAAACUAAAAUGAUAUCUGAAUUGAAUAAGGAAAAGGACAUGAUGGUAUUGGAUGCUUUGAAGAGUGGCAAACAUAUUAGAAGACAUUUUAAAAAGCCAAUGUCAAAUGUGAACAGUGAGAGAGUUCAGUAUGACAAGUAUAGCAAGGAGAGAGGAAAUGAUAAACAUCAGAAGGAGGAACCACCACAUAGGAAUUUUGAAAGAAAAGAAACAACUAUGUUGCCUGCACAAGACAGGUUCCCUGACUCUGGUACUUGCACUAGGAAUAAGUAUGAAAGAACUAAUACCAAGGCAGAUCAUAGUGAUAGAAAGAAUAAUGUUAAAGAAAAUGUGCCACACCAAAAGACUGAACAAUACAAUCCUCUACAACUACUGGCUGGCAGUAUUAAGGAUAGGAGGAAGUCUAUGCCAGCUGCCAGUGCAUCUAGUGAUAUAAUAAGUUCAGAUGAAGAUUUUAAACGAAAUAUCAAAACCAAAGACACAAGAACUGAUAAUAGAAACUUGAGUAAAGUCUCUCUAGAUAGAUAUAGCAACAAGAAUACAGAAUCAUCAUAUCUGGAUGAUAGAACUUACAAUUAUCAGGGGUCUAUUAGAGACAUGCACAAAAGUAGAACAAGCAGACAUGAUGUUUCACCACAUAGAGGCCGGGAUAACUAUGAAGCACCACCUAGAUACAGAAAGCAUCCCAGCGCAGAGCGUGUACCGAAGAGAUUGCACAGAGAUCAUCAAGAUGACUAUUAUAGACAAGAACAAAGAAGACAUCAAGCAAGAUCCUUGGAAAGUCCACCUAAGUCUCAUAGCCGACAUCGGCAACGACUGACAGAGAACCCACCUAAUUAUGAGAAGCAUGAACAAGACAAGCAUAGACAUCAAUAUGAAAAUAAACAAAAUUCAAUGAAACAUAGACAAUCAAGUGAAUAUGAUGAACCACAGUCUAAAAGGCAAAGAAUAGAACCUCUUGUUCAUUCUGAUACUCAUUUCAAAGAAGAUAGAAGGCAUUAUCCAGAGAACCAGCCUGUGUGUACACAACCCAUGCCAGCAUUUUCUCCUCAUGAAUAUGAUAGUCUUCAUUUCUCCUGCCAGUCCCCAGAUUCUGAACACUUGGAAUCAGCUUAUCCACAUCCUAUUAAAGAAAUCAUGGCUGUGGCUGCAAUACCACUGGAAGAUCCACGACUCUCGAGCUUAAAAUAUGCUGUUAUUAAAGAGAAUGGCAAAGAUAUAUUAACAACAAGAGUUGGCUUGAAUGUUGAUCUUAAACCAAUUGACAGAAGUUAUUAUGGUGUUCAUCCUGUCAAUGUCCCAACUGCAUUAGUGCGUCGUCCUUCGACUGACAGUAUUAUAAGCGAUAUCUAUCGUGAUGUCGGUAAUCCAAUAACUAGUUUAAAUGCAUCAUUUGAAUCUGGAGAGGUUCGUGAGACUGAUUAUGAAUGCCAUGACAUUUACGACAUACCAUACAAACAAAGCAAAUGUGAAAUGCAACCCAAGCAAGUACCAAAUGUGUUUCCAAAGCAAACAAAGAGUGUAGCAACGCCAGCUAGCCAGCCUAACUUGGAAAAGUAUGUCAUACCAAAAAUUUAUCAUAAUAGUACAACUACAUCAACUAGCAUAGAUGUUCCUAUCAAUCAUCCACGUGAGACCGUCUCUAACAAUAAAGAUAUUCCGAAAAAAGAUGCGGCUGAAGAUUCCUUACCAAGGAAAUCAUUAAGCAGACAACACAUAAAUGAAGGGCCGGUAAGUUUUCCUAAUAAUAACGGUAUUCAAAAAGAAAAUCAAAGCCAAGUAACACUCAAUAAAAUGGCCAUGGUUGCCGGCGAUUUAGAGUUAAGUGAUGAUACCAGCGAUAAUGUUGAUAUACACAAACAUGUGAUGCAAGAAAAAGUUGAGAAAAGUUGCAAAUCUUUGACAAAUAUCGACAAAGACAAGAAAAAAACUGAAAGCCUCGCGCUAUCAAAGCUAACGACCGUACCUGUAACGAUGAAACCUGUAGAUGAUAUGGAAAUUAAAAAUACUGGAGGAGAUGUAAAAAAUAGAGAAUUAGAAAGUAUUAAUAAGAAACAAAAGAGUAGAAAAUCGAAAGGCAAGUCUAAAUCUAAAGAAAUUUCUAAAGAUUCUGUAGAAAGUUUGGAACCCAACACAACACAUGUUGAAAAGAAGGUAAAGACAAAAAAAGAUAAAGAAAUAAAGCCCAAAAAAAACAAGGAAAAGUUUAGUGAUCUAUUUGGUGAUAGUAAUAGUUUGGUGACUCCUGAAGAUUUAGGGAUACCUACAUAUUUACCUAUUUCCGAAGAUGCACAAGACGCGGUCGAUAUGAAGAUCGACAAAGCUAUCGCUGCUUCCCUUUCUCCAUUAGACAAGGAAGAAAUUGAUCUUGUGCAAACACAACGCGCUAUAGAACUGAAAGAAACAACUACAGUUUGUGAUGUUUUAAGGGCGACGGAGUCGAUGGAAAAUCACGAACUUCCAUCUCCUAUUGUGUAUGAAAACCUAAAUCCUGGCAUCGAUUCAAAUGAUACGGGUGUGGUUAAAACAGUUAUAAUUUCGACAGGAGUGCAGCCCGAGAUUCCGUUUGACGUUGACGCAGAAGUUAAUAUACAUUCUGCACAUAGCUCUAUGCCUGUAGAUGUGAACUCAAAACCGACUGCUUUAGAACAUAAAAAACAAGAUCAUUUGAAAGCAUUGGCUACAUCUACACCACAAAAAGAAUUUACUGCUAAAACCUCUAUAGAAUCCGAAGUUGGAAAAAUGGAGUCUACUAGUAAGUCUGAUAUGGUCAAGGCAGUUUUGACGAUAUCUAAUGCGGAACCAGUAGCCCAACAGAGUGGCGCAAAUACUGAUUCUCAUGAUGCACCGGAUGUUAGAAUAUUUAUGAAAAGACGCAGAAAGGUUAUAAAACGUCCACCGACUUCUACCACUUAG